UAAAAAAGCAGUCAUAGUUACAAUCAUUUUGGUUUCGGGCGUGUGCAGCUAUACGCUACGUACAAUCUACCAUGGGCGUCGGCGACGGCGCACGCGCCAGCACCAAUGGCCCGCCGCCGCUCCCAUGCGUCGGCGUUGUAGUGGUCCCCGGGGUGCGCACCGAACAGAUGGGGGAUCCGUCGAGCUACGUCGUCGCCGGCAAGCUCCUGGUCGCCGCGGCCGGGGCGCUCGCGGGCGUCCUCCUGGCCCUCGUCGCGCUGCACGCGUACACCGGCACCCGGCGCCGGCGCUCGCGCGACCGCCUCCGUCUCCGCCACAGCCUGCAUGCCAUCUCCGACGGCGCCGUCCACGGCGGCGUGGCGGUGGCGCCUUCGCCGCGGGGGCUGGACCCCGCGGUGCUCCGCGCGCUCCCCGUGGCCGCCGCGGGCGACGGGGCCGGGAACUGCGCGGUGUGCCUCGCGGGGCUCGAGCGCGGCGAGGAGGCGCGCGCGCUGCCGCGGUGCGGCCACCGGUUCCACGUGGGGUGCAUCGACGCGUGGUUCCGCGGGAACUCCACGUGCCCGCUGUGCCGCGCGGACGUCGAGGCGCCGGACGACGAUGCCGAGGCUGAGGUGCGCGUAGACGUGGAGACGGGGGACGCCGCGGUCAAGGGCGGUGCGCCGGUGAUGAAGAGGCUGUCGAGCGGCACGGAUCUUGACAAGACGAGGCGGGCCUUUGCGUGCACCCGAUCUGCGUCCUUCUGACAUGCAUGCUCGAGCCAAACAGUUUUGGGGUGUUUAUUCCGUCGGACCGUGAAUAUCCUUUUGUUGAUCAUACUCGGCGUGUCUGGUCUCUACGUGUACAAAUCUGGCAGAUAGAUAUGUGUUGCAAGUAUGAUAUUAAAAAGGACAUGUGAUUGAGUACAUGGGGAGGAGUGUCAUAGUCAUGCCCGGAGAACGUAGCCGAUGUUCGGUAUCAUGUUUUGUGAUUGCUUGUCGUUGAUAGAUUGAUUU